GCCGCCAUUGCAUCCAUGUCGCUGAUUUCGAAUUCGUUCGCAUUGGCCGCACACAGUACCUCACACCUUGACCAGGAUCGGUUCGCAACCUUUGCACUCACAGCAGCGGCUCAUUCGCCAUCAUGUCGCUUAAUGGACUCGAUACGCCCGAGAUCCAAGAUGCCUAUCAGCAGGCUGUCGCGGAAGCUGCAGGAUGGCUACUUCUCAAAUAUACUACACGAGACGAAGUCGAUCUGCUCGGGAAAGGAAAAUUGGGCGUCUCUGAAGCCCGAAAUGCCAUUACCGACUAUCUCGAGCCUUCGCCGCUCUAUGGCCUGAUCAUCUAUCGCAGGCGCAAGGUCCUAAUAAAGUAUAUACCGACGGGCACGUCCCGGCUGUUGCAGGCGCGCACUGCUGUCCAUUUUCAGGAUGUGAUAGAACGAUUCUCACCUCACGACACCCUUCUCGAAAUCGCAACCAGCGAAGCCCUGAAUGACACUUCUCUCGCCGCCUCGUUCCCUCUACACACCGCCUCACCGAUGCCGACGACAUCAAAUCGAUUGCAGGAGAUUAGCGAAGAUGCGGAAGACCCGGGUGGCCUCGUAGCACCAUCACCAGCGAGUGGCCGUUCAAGCAGCAAACACAGUUCUUCGCGCGUGAGGAUGGACAGGAGAUCGGACAUUCCGCGAAUAGAGCGGCUAGAACGCGCUAGUCGGGUGAGUGAUGGGUCUGGAGAUGGUCUAUCGCUUUCGCCGACUGCUCCGUCGAGAACUUCACUGGCGCAGUUCCUUCUCGCCGAAGCAUCCAGGAAGGCGUCUAUCACAUCUUUAGAGCAACCAUCAUCGUCAAUAUCAAUGUCACAAGCUGAAGAAACUCCCCGAUCGGCUAGCCUGGACCCUUCGUUUCUUGGGAUAUCAAAUCAAUCGAUCGCGGCAGCACGAAGGAUCUCCUCACUGGCCGCUCGCUCAAAGGAUGAUCCGUUACCAGAGCUACCGGACAAAGAUCCUGUUGCGGUGCAGGAGAAACAGACGACCAAUGGGGAGCCGCCGGUACGAGGCUCAGUCGAUUCGCGGCGGCCCUCUGCCCCGACGGCCCCCGAGACCUCAUCAGCCAAGCAAUCUUACGAGGAUGAUUAUGACUUCAGCAGGUUCGACCAUCUUUGGAAACCGAAGGUUAAGCUUGGACCGCGACCUGUGGCCGAUGCAGAGAAGGUCAAGCGACCUACCGCUGCCACCGUCUCAGGGCUUCCAGCGAACAUCAGACAGAACAUUGCCAGAAAGCCCGAACCGACUCGCGCAGAGCCGACUCGUGCGGAGCCUGCUGAGCAGAAAAAGCCGGCCCCUACGAUCACAAAUGCACCUCUUCCACUGCCUCCGAUUCCGGAUACUCCAGAUUACCAGGCGCGGCCAGUUUCACGUGGCAGUGUCAGAUCUGUUUCGACCCACAAGUCGGCAAGUACAGCAGACAAGGCUCGUUUGAUCAAAGCCAUGGAACUGCGGAAGAAGCAGAAACGGAACAUGGCGCAGACUGCCACUCCACCAGUAGAGCGAAACUCGAUCGCGGAACACAAAUCUUCAGAAGCACCAAUACAGGCACCCGCGAAAGAGCUUGGGAAGAGCCUGCUUGAUAAUGUGUUGGAAGAGGAAGGAAGCAGAACACAUACAUCAAAAGCGGACUCAGGCAUUGGUUAUGAAAAGCCUGCAUCGGGAGAUCCUGCUGCAGCAACAUCAGGUGGAGAGUCUCACGAGACACAAAUUGCUGGGGCCGAAGCGGCAAAGGGUGGAGCCGUUGUUGAUUCACCCGAGGAAUCGCCUGCUCAAGCCACGGUUCAGCCGGCCGUGGCAGAUGUGUCAUCGUUGCCAGUGUCUACUGAGCCGUCGCCUGAUGCAGCGAUAGACGCCGAGAAACAGGAUGACACGGCCGACGAAAUCCCCAUUUUGGACGACACUAUUCCUGUCAUCGUUGUUGCUGAUGGACAGCAGCUCGAUACAGCGGAUAGUCCUAGGGAGGGGAUGGAUGCCAAUACAUUAGGAGCAACGAAGGAACCGUCAAGGGAACCAUCAUUUGUAACAAGUGAGCUGAUCGAUUCAGAGGAUGAAUUCGAGGACGCCGUCGACGUAUCAAGGCAUACUAUGGUCAACCGCCGAAAGGGGUUCGUGGAGCCUCUCCAAACUGACCUUGCGACUUCUGGAAAUCCCGACGACUUCGCCUCCGAGGAUGAAGAUUUCUUGGAGGAGCUACAAAGUGCGACUGUCCACGAGGCGAAGCCCAUGCUUGUGUCGCCGACCUCCCGUUCUUCAGGAGCGGUGGCGUACAUGGGGUUGCCGCGCCAGCCUAGCGUUGCAUCCAUAUCGGGUCACUCAGAAGGUGCACUAUCUGUGAGAUCCAUUAGCAUCUCGAAGCCGUCGGGCGUGCCGGCCGAAAAGACGCCAGAGACGACAGAUAUUCUAAUGCCGGAUAUGAUGCCGGACCUGCUCAUGCCGGACAUGCUCGCAUUCGAGAACAACAAAGUCCCUCUGACCUACACGCCGACUGGUGCAGCUCCCAGUGCACCUACAGACAAGAGCGAUGCGCUGGCAGGGUACUCCCGGAAUGUCUCGUCAGGCAUCUCUCGUCGCAUCCAGGCGCUCGCUGAACUGUCCAAUCGCGAGACGCCAUCUCCAUCUGGCUACACUCCUGCAUCAACCCGGUCUCUCACCCCGGAGACGUCGUUCCUUGGGCAUGACCAGCGCAAGCUGGUGCAACGUUCUGUUCAGCCAACCCGCUCAUCCCAUUACAAAAGAAGCAGCAAUCGCUCCAGCUUCAGUCAUGGCUCAACGCCGAGCAAUGUUUCUGACAAUGCACCGGUGUUGAGCUUCCAGCAUGAUCCGAUCACCAACCGAAAUUCCGUCUCGGUCACGACGCGGAUAAUUCGACCGGCUCCUUCGAUGGCGAAUGCUGCUGAGCCGACGAUGGCUGAGCCGCAGCUGGACCCGGAUGUGCAGCUAGCAUCGGAGAGUCUAUCUUCACCAUCCCACACAGAUCUUCCGCCACUCAACACAAGUCAGCUCUCCAUGCGCAGCCGGGGCGCCUCCUCGUCAUCUAUGCAAUCACUUUCUCCCACCAACACAUCCCGACCGUCCCCGAAUGAAGGCCGGGUUAUGCAUUCCGCGGUCACUACCCGCUUUGGCCGACAUCACUUUCCCCACCACUACAAGAACCCCGGCACGUUCUCGUCAGCUCUGCUGGAUGACUAUACCAACCCAAGCGGAUCUUCUCACCCCGCUUCACGUGCCCACUCUGUAGCCUCGACCACGGGCACGGAUGACAAUGGUUCUGUUGUUCGGGACAGCGGAAGUGCAAGCAACAGUAGCCGCGCAAGCCGGUUCCUUCGCCGCAUGAGCAACAUUGGCACGGUCGCGACUGGAGGUCUGAGGAAAGGUAGUAAGCCGUCAUUGCGAGCUUCGCGGGAGAGCUUGAGCUCGCCAUCGACUCCAGUUGCCAGUGGAUCCCGCAGCUUCGGUGGUUCAAAGGUGGAUGUCUCAAGCGGCAAGUCACUCCCUGCCGAUCAUCCUGACAUGCCGCCAGCAGUGGUCGUUGGAGAUUUGAAUGUGCAGUUUCCAGAAGCAUUGCUUUGGAAACGUCGCAUAGUCACUAUCGACGCCGCCGGCUACCUCCAAUUCAGCAUCGCCCAAGCCCUCGAUAUCCACAAAGCCGUCGCCAUCCGCCGCCACCACCUCUCAGCCUUCCUCCCACCUGCGGUCCCUGACGCCGAGCACCAAGAACUCCCCUACUCCGUCGUCCUCGAAUUCGUGGACGGCAGUCAUCACGAUGGAGACGACGGUGGCGAACAGAACGGCGACGGCGAUGAGAAUCAUCUCCAGCACAACGUCAGCGGCACCACCAUCCAAGCCGCUUGCGAGGACGCGCUUACUCAUCGCGCGGUCGUGCACCUCUUGAAGUCGUAUCACAGACAAUGGGCGAAGAACCCUCCUGUGGCAAUGAACGCAUGAUUCUUAUAUUCGACGUUCACCGCAUCGAGCGAGGCCGCAUCCUACUUUCUCUUCCUUGGAUCCAUAAGGUGCGACCGCAGUGGUCUUCCCCUUUACCUGUCCGCCUCUUCUGCAAAGUUGCUUUCAAGGCCGCUAGGGAAUGGACCCUCCUUGCGGCCUUUAUACCCACACUUCCUAUGUCU